AUGGAAGAUACGCCAAUGGAGCAGCCACCGGCUUCCAUCCUCAUCAUCGGCUCUGGCCUGUUCGGCCUCAGUACAGCCUGGGAGCUGACCAAACGACCGCUGUUCGCCGAUACCGCCAUCACCGUCGUUGAUCAUGCCGGUGGCCAGUUUCCUCCGUCAGACAGCGCGAGUGUAGAUACCUCGAGGAUCGUGAGAGCAGACUACGCGGAUCCGGACUACACCGCCUUGGCGACAGCUGCGCAAGCAGGAUGGAGGAGGGAGGGGACGAUGAGCUGGGUGGCCAGGGGCGCCUCGUCCCUGGAUUACGUCCAGAAAAGCUGGAAGAAUGUCGUGGCUUACGCCACCAGCCAUGGCUACUCGGCCGACAAGGUCCGGACGCUCGAGAGCAAGGAGGCGCUCAACGAGUAUCUCGGGACCCGCGGUCACGUUGGUGAUUGGGGCUACGUGAACACCUUUUCGGGCUGGACGGACAACGGAAAGAGCAUGAGGUGGCUGUACGAGCGUGUCAAGGCCACGCAAAGGGUCAGAUUGUCUGACGGGGCCGUCCUGCGGGCAAGCGUGGUGUUCGUGGCUGCUGGCGCUUGGAGCGGCGAGCUCGUCGAUCUCCGGGGAAGGGUCGAGGCGACUGGCCAUACUCUGGCAUACAUUGACAUUACCGACGAGGAACUGGCCGUCUUGUCGAAGCAGCCUGCGGUGUUGCACGUGUCAUCAGGCCUCUUUGUCCUUCCACCACGAGAAAAGGUGCUCAAGGUCGGGCAUCACGGCUUCGGCUACUACAACCCGCAGGCUGUCACCUCCGCCCUGCCUCUAUCCCCUUCAGCCAAGCGCGAGCCCAUCGUAGUCUCGCGGCCGGCCGACGCCAACGUGCGCCGUGCACUCAAGCAUCUGGUGCCCGUCGAAGGCCUGGAGGACCGACCAUGGCGGGAUACCAGACUAUGCUGGUACUCGGAUACCAAGGACGGGGACUGGCUGGUGGACUGGCAUCCCGGCUGGAAGGGCCUCUUCCUGGCCACGGGCGACAGCGGCCACGGGUUCAAGUUUCUUCCCGUGCUGGGCGAAAAGGUGCCGUGCUGCGCCAGGCCAAACCCGAGCAACAUGUCUUCCGGGAGACCGCCCGCAGGCUUCCCGGGCGCCGAGGCCAAGUUAUCCAAGCCCAUCAAGCAGUCCGCCUUUGAACGAUCCAAAGCCGAAGCCGAAGCCAAGCGCAAACGCGACGAGGCCGAAACAGCAGCCGUGUACGAGGAAUUCGUCAAGAGCUUCGACCACGACGAGGAUGACGACGCACCAGGUGGCGGCGUUGCGCCCCAGCGUCCCCGGCACGGCUUUGGCGGUCCGCCCUCUGGCCUCAACACCAGCAAGCGGCACUUUGCCAUGUCGAGCAUGAGGAAGAGCGGGCCCGGAAGCCUGGGCCCUGUGCCUGGCUCCUAUGGCGCCAAAAGAUCCUACAACGACUUCUCAAAGGGGUCCAGGGAGAGGGACUUCCCGCCUAACCAACAGGAGCCCCCGGGCGGCCCCAAGUCGGUCUCGACAAUCUUCAACCACGUGAGCGAUGACGAGAAUGAUAUCCAACGAGAUGCAAUCGAACGAGCAGAGCUGAAGGCUAUAGCAAAGUCCCAGCUUCGACUGUCCAACAUGCCUCCUGGGACGUCGCCGGCGGCGAUCAAGGCGCUCAUCCCGGACACUCUCACCGUCGACGCGGUCAAGAUUGAGCCUCCCGCAGGCCCCAGCAGCGAGAGAAAGUGCACUAAUGCAGUUGUCACGCUUUCCAGGGACUCAUCGGGGGGCGCAAUGGACGCGGCAGUCAGUUCGCUCCAGAAUCGAUACCUGGGCUAUGGGUACUAUCUGUCCGCUCAUCGGCACCUGUCAUCGGCUGUCCUGAAUCCGGUUUCUGCCCCCAUCCCUUCGUCUUCAGCCGCCCAGCCGUUCGGAGCGAAGCAGAUGGAACAAAAGCCCGGUCCCCAAAAGCACAUGGGCCAACACGGAUUUCACCGCGGCUUUGCACCACCAUCGUCAUACAGCCACGCUGGCAGUGGCACGAACCUUGCGGACCGUUUCUAUGUCCCCGUGAAACCGCCCGAGGACAUUCGAGUGGUUCGAAUGAUCCACAUGAUUGUCGAACGGGUUCUCGAAGACGGACCCGAGUUUGAGGCUCUCCUCAUGUCCAGGCCCGAGGUGCAGCACGAGGAGAAGUGGGCAUGGCUGUGGGACUCGAAAAGCGUUGGCGGCAUCUGGUAUCGCUGGCGGCUCUGGGAGCUCAAGACGGGCUACCAGGCCAACCCCAAAAAGGAGCCAUACGUCCAUUUAUUCGAGGACAGCGCUCCGUGGCAGGUGCCCGACCCACUGCCUUUCGAGUUCGUCAGCGAGUUCGAUGAGCUUGUGUCGGACCCGGACUACGACUCCUCGGACGACGAAGAGAUGGACCGAGAUGGCAACGCCGGCGAAGUGGAGUCACCGUUUCUCAACCCGCUGGAGAAGGCCAAGCUCGUCCACCUCUUGGCUCGACUGCCGACAAGUCAUUCAAAGCUUCGCAAAGGAGACGUUGCGAGAGUGACGGCUUUUGCGCUCCAGCAUGCCGAUCGGGGCCCAGGCGAGGUCGUGGACUUGAUCAUAUCCAACAUUGGAAGACCCUUUGCAUUUACGAGCGCAAAUCCCGACAGGAACAAGAACUUGAAGGAGGCACAGCAAGCUACGGGCACGGAAGAGGGAACGGCUAACGAGGGACCGGACACCAGCGGCGGCAGCCUGAUUGGCCUGUACCUCGUGAGCGACAUCCUAUCCUCGUCCUCUACCACCGUCUUUCGACACGCGUGGAGAUUCAGAGGGCUCUUUGAAAGGGCAUUGAAUGACUACCAAGUGUUUGACUUUCUCGGCACAAUGCCCGAGCAGCAGGGCUGGGGGCGCCUGCGAGCGGAGAAGUGGAAACGCAGCAUCAACCUGGUCCUCCACCUCUGGGAAGGGUGGUGCGUGUUCCCAACCAAAACUCAAGAGGUUUUCAUGUCUACAUUCGAGAACCCACCCUCGCCCAAGGUAGAGGAGGAGCGGAGCGACGAAGCUCCGCCCGGGCAGGGAGAUGGGGCGGCUGACGUUGAAGACGACGCCACGGGAGAGCCCAUCGAGGACGACGACGUUGAGGGCGAGCCAAUUACGGAAGACGAUGUGGAAGGCGAACCCAUCUUGGACGACGAUAUCGAGGGCGAGCCCAUCUCUGACAGUGAUAUGCAGUCCGACCCGAUGGACCAGGACGACAAUGGCAACCGAGACAAUGGCGCGAUCAAGGAUGCGAGCGGAGAGCCGGGCCAGGGACAGACCGGCGCAGCUGAUGGACGGGUGCAAGGACAGAGAAAGCGCAUCCGAGCCGUCGACAUGUUUGCCAACUCGGACGACUCAGACGGCAGCGGCAAGUGA